AUCAACGAUCAAUAAACAACAACAACAAGAACAACAGAAGCCCAAUUCACCCUCAAUCCCACAAAGAUGCGCGUGUCACGGGACGCUUUCAUCUAUUCUUCAUCUUCACUGGACGGACGAGGGAUGGAGACACGCGCGCGCUCAGUGUGAUUCGCCCUCCUGCAGUAGCUAUGAGUAACCUCCUCCUGAACGCGUCUCUGUUCGACUGGGAUGUGCUGGAGGGAAGGAACACGUCGCCCGUCCCAUCCUGGGACCUGGAGCCGGUUCCCAUGGUCCUCAACCCGUGGGACGUCCUCCUGUGCGUGACGGGAACGCUCAUGUCGUGCGAGAACGCGGUUGUGAUCGCUCUGAUCUCCUACACGCCCACUUUAAGAGCUCCCAUGUUCGUCCUCAUCGGGAGUCUGGCGUUCGCAGACCUCCUGGCCGGCCUGAGCCUAAUCCUCAAUUUCGUCGUGACCUACAUAAUUGUCGAAGUGGUGACGCUACUGUCAGCCGGGCUCCUCAUCACCGCCUUCUCGGCCUCGGUGCUCAACAUCCUGGCUAUCACCGUGGACCGCUACCUGUCGCUGUACAACGCGCUGUCGUACCACACCGAGAGCACGGUGACGUUCACCUACGUCACGCUGGUCCUGUUGUGGGUCGUCAGCACUUUGCUGGGGUCGCUCCCGGUCCUGGGCUGGAACUGUUUGGACGACGAAAGCACGUGUAGCAUCUGUCGACCGGUCAACAAAAGCAACGCCGCGGCGCUCGCCGUGUCCUUCCUCCUGAUAUUCGCUCUGAUUCUGCAGUUGUACCUUCAGAUCUGCAAGAUCGCGUUCCGGCACGCUCAGCAAAUCGCAGUACAGCGUCAAUUCAUGAGCGCUUCGCACUCGACCUCCACCACGAAAGGCGUCUCGACCUUGACCACCAUUUUGGGAACCUUUGCGUUCUGUUGGAUCCCUCUUGCCAUGUACUCGCUGGUGGCGGACACUCGAUCGCCUGUGAUCUACACCUACGCCACGGCUCUUCCAGCAAUCUGCCACUCCAUCAUCAACCCCAUGAUUUAUGCCUUCAGGAACCCUGAAAUACUCAGGUCUUUGAGGAUUGCUUGUUGUGGAUGCAUGCCUUACAGAUUCCCCAUGCGACCACGGACGCCCAGCGACGUGUAGCAGUCGCGGUAAUGACACAUCUUUAAAGCACGUAGAAUCCACGUUUUGUAAUCCAUGUUUCUCAUUUGGGGAAUUUAGUAGCACUUCACGAUACACGUACGGUAAUGUUACUGUGAUUAAUCCCUUCAGUAAAUUGAAUGAUUUUGUGUAACAUCAACAGUAGCUUACUUAUGGAGCCCAUAAAGUGACGUGAUGAGGGUAAAAAACAAAAUGAGAUGGGAGGAAAAUUUCAUUUCAAUGCUUUUUCAUUCCCACAAGAAAGUUCGCUUGCAAAAAUUUUGUGUUCCCACCAGAGAAAAUUAGCUUUAGAAAAACUUUAGUUGUUAGAAAUUAGUGUUGUAACGAUACUGGACCCAGAAAGCAACGUAGUGUCGGCCCAGACAUGUGGAUUCGACGUGUACCAGAUGCGACACUAUGUCGCUGUCUGUGGAAUUUCCAACUUCGAUACGAUACCAUGAAAAAUAUAGAUAUUCGAUACCAUUUUCGAGACUAAACUGGCAUAAUACA